AUGCCACGAAAUCAUAAAAGGUCCUCCGGAAAUGGUCAUGUGAAUGCGGCAACGAAAAAAACCAAAGACAAGCCAACAUACAAAAUUAUUGUAUUAGGUAGUGGUGGCGUCGGCAAAUCUGCAAUAACUAUACAAUUUGUGAAAUCAUUUUUUUUCUCCGACUAUGAUCCAACUAUUGAAGAUUCUUAUGUAAAACAAUGUUUAAUUGAUAAUCAAAUCGCUCAAUUAGAAAUACUUGAUUCAGCAGGACAAGAAGAAUUUAAACCUAUGCGUGAUCAAUAUGUACGUGUUGGCGAAGGAUUUUUACUUGUUUUCUCUUUGACGGAUCGUCGUUCAUUGGAUGAGUGUUAUAAAUUACAUCGUGAUAUAUUACGCAUUAAAGAUACCGAUAAUGUACCAAUGUUACUAAUUGGAAAUAAAUUAGAUAUAUGUCAAACGGGUAUGGAUGCUCAUGCUCGUGCGGCAGCCGCUUCCAUGCGUAUACCUUAUUUUGAAACAUCAGCUCGUACCCGUCAUAAUAUUGAUGAGAUAUUCAUUGAACUUGUACGAUUAAUAAGAAGAAAUAAAUGUCAGUAUCAAACAAAUAAUAAUAUGUCAUCGUCAAAAAAGAAGAAACAAGAAAACAAUGCUAAAUGUUGUACUUGUACGAUUUUAAUAAUAGAAUGGAAGCAAGCACGUCAACGUAGUCAACGUUUGGAUAAAAUUAUUUCAGAAACUGGAACAAAAAAGAAACCGGUUAAAACUAAAAACUUAGAAGAAAAACUCGUUAACAGCGAAGAACAAACGAUUAAAAUUGAAAAACAAGAAACGAAACCAGUCAAAAUUGAAAAAGUAGAAGAAAAAAAUUCUCUGUUACGACGAUAUGCUGCUCAACUUGUUCCUACGGCUGGCAUGAAAAUUGGUUGUACAAGUCUAUGUACAGCGAAUCACGUGUUUCGUUUAGCUCAAUAUACGAAUGAAAAAUGUCUCGAAGUUACUGGACAAAAUUACUUAUGUUUACAAAAAUUCUUGAAUACAAUGUUCAACAUGGAUUUUAUUUUGUUUCGUAUAUCAUCUCAAACAGUACCAUUCAAUAUGUACAGUCGAUUGGGCAAAUCAUUUUUCAUCAACAUUGCGUCGUAUAGGUCAAUAUAUUAA